AUGAAAUUUGUCUUUGCCUUGUUCUUCUUUGUCGCCACUGUCCUUGCUCUGCCUCAAAAUGAAACCGGAAAUGUUUGUGCGAGCAAACAAACCGUGGUGUGUAAAUCACAAGGAGACGGUGGUCUAAUCGCACUAGGCAACGUUCUGCCUGGUGCAUUAGGUCAAAACUGCGCUGCUGGUGACGUCUACUGCUGCUCUUAUGACGACGUUCAACAGGUAGCUCGACAGUCUGGCCUUGUGAACUUAGAUGUAGAGGCUCAAUGUACUCUUAAUCGUGUUCUUUAA